UGUCGCCAUGAGAGGUGGAGUCUGGAGAUAUCCUUGGGGACAGAACAGGGUGGAGCCCCAGCGGCAAAAGGGAAGCCGGGGGGUGGGGGCCGGGUGUAGGAAGGGAAAAGUUUGACGGGGUGGUUUCACAAGGAGCAGAGGCAUUUGAGUCAGGGCACACAUGCCUUAGCUGUGAGAGGCCCUACUCCCCUUGGCUGGCUUGCAUCCCAGAGCAGAGGCAGAGAGAGACUGAGAGGGUAGAGUGUGAGAGAUCGAGGGUGAAGAGAAAGUUAAACUGUAAAGUAGACUAGGAGGAGGCAAACAAGUGCUAUAGAAAGUUGUCUGAAAGAAAGGAAAAAAGGAUUAGAGACUGAGUUCUGUGCAGCGUGGCUCCUGCAGGUUGUAUUUCAGUUGUGUAUUUUUAUCUGUAGUGAGUGCACAAACAGUUUGCAUUCGGAGUUGACAGCCAUGGCGGACACAGGUGUCAAGAAGGAGCACACAGCCCUGGCAGAAGUGGCUUAUGAUGAUGAAGAGGUAGCUCUGGUGGGUGCCGCCACGGAGCCAGCAGUGGACGACGAUGACCCUGCUGAGGAGGUGGACCUGGUGCUGGCCACUGGCUCUGGAGGCAAGAGCGAAGCCCAGAUGAACGGGGUCAUGGUCCUGUCUCUGCUUGAUAAGAUCAUCGGGGUGGUGGACCAGAUCCAGCAGACCCAGAACGGCCUCGAGGCCAGACAGGAAGCCAUGGAGAAGUCGGUGUCAACCAUCCAAGGGGAGCUGGCUAAGUUGUCUAAGAACCACGUAGGCACAGCCAACACUGUCAACAAAAUGCUGGAAAAGGUACGCAAAGUCAGUGUCAACGUCAAAACAGUGCGCAGCAACCUGGAGAAGCAGGCGGGCCAGAUCAAGAAGCUGGAGAGCAACGAGAACGAGCUGCUCAAGAGACGCAACUUCAAAGUCCUCAUCUACCAGGACCAAGUGAAGACCCCAAAGGCAUCCAAGGCCAAGACAGGAGAAACAGUAAUUGAAGGUAAAGCAGUGGAGGGCCUUGAACAGAUACCUGAGGAGGAACAAGAGGGACUCCCAGCCAAUCUCAAUUCCGAUGAGGAGGUGGAGAUUGAGGAGAUUAUCGAAGAGUCUCGUACCAAGCGCCUCCAACGCUCCACCAAGCAGCAAGUGGACAACAUAAAGAAAGCUUUCUCCAAAGAGAAAAUGGAGAAGACCAAACUAAAGACCAAGGAGAAUUUGGAGAAGACCAAGCAGAGAACCCGCGAGAACCUGGAGAAGACAAGACAAAGAACCCGUGAUAAUUUGGAAAAAACUAAGCACAGCCUGGAGAAGAAGAUUGGCAAGCUUGGGACCCGUAUGACCCCCAACCAGGAGCGCAGGGCAAAGAUGAAGAGCUCCAAAGAUAAGAUGAAGAAGUCCCUAACCCCUGACCACACGAUCUACGCUCGCUCCAAGACCACUGUGUAUCGUGUGCCACCCUUCACUUUCCAUGUCAAGAAAAUCCGAGAAGGGGAGGAGGAGAUGGUGCAGAACACAGAGAUGGUGGAGGUGACCGAGGCUGAGGGCCAGCCGGCCGGAGAGGAGAAUGGGCUCGAUGUGCAUGUGGAGGUGGAGGAAGGGGAGCUGGUGAGUGUAGACAGCCCAGAGAUGGAGGCUCUGUUGGAGGUGACUGAGGAUUCUCAGCUGGUCAGCGUGGAGCCAGACUACCUAAAGAAGGCCCAAAGCGAAUAGAGAGUCCCAGCUCUGCAAUGAAAGAGAGAAGGAUGAAGAGAAUGAAGUCUCGAUAAAUGAAUCUAAUAACAAGGACACAAUAUUAGUCGUAGUGACUUUCUAGAAGUGAUCACAAUCUAUGACAUUUAAUGUGUUUUCUGUUCUCUUUUUAUUAUACCCAAUAGGGAUGACUUUCAUAUUUGCUCCUCUUUAUCAUAGAAAUAAGAAAAAUAAAACAAAAACAUGCUACAGGCUGAUUGGUUAUUCUAGACCUGUAUGUUUAGGGUAUUUGCUUUUUUUUUGGUUGUUAUUGGUUUGAUCAGUUGCGUGGCUAUAAGAAAAAAAGGGUAUAAAUAGUCUUUGCUAUUGAGAUGUAUUGUAUAAUAUAAAAUUUACCAUAUAUGAUAUGCACAUUAAUUGGUAUGGUAACAAGACGUUGUUGGCAAGAUUUAUGUUCUAAUGGUUGAUGGUUUUGAAGUAACGUGCACAUGUGAACAAAAACUGAACAUGCAAGGAUUAGGCCUGAGAAUUAAGAAAUAAAUAAAGAACUGAGGAGGCAGGAGGAGUGGGAAUGGACUUGAAGAGUUUACAAAAAACAUUACCCCUACUAUGCACAAUGCUUUAGUGAAUAAUGUUUAUUUAAUGCCAGUUACUCAGGCAUUGUGCUAAACGUUACAGUGUAAUGUUUUUCGAUGUAAAAUACAAAUGUAUUGAAAAUAGAAGCAUAAUGUCUGUUAAAUUAUAUUGGGAAUACUGAAACACUGACAGGACUUUAUCAGAAUAUUACUACUGCUACAACUACACAGUUGUACUACAUUAUGUAGGAAAAUAUCUCUACUCUAUUCCAGGUCCCUAAUUGGUCACUCAUUUCAGUUAUAAUUUAGUGAUAUAAUAAUAAUGAUAUUUAGAAUGUAACCUUUGCUACACCAUAUCUGUACAAUGCAUAUUAGAAAACACAGUUUGAUGAUCAUUUACUGUCAAGUAUUCAUUCACAGUUAUUUACAUACACACACACAUAUUUAUUGCAUCUGGACAUCUUGUACUCACCAAGUUUAACAUAGCAGACUUCCUACACAGAGGAGAAGAAUAACAAUGGUGUCACCAUGGUCACAGCUCAUCAUAGUACAUUUGCACAUCCCUAUUAAAUUUCUCAAGGUAAUUGCAGGCAGAAAAAAAUAUGGUCUGAAGAGCAAGAUGACAGUUUAAUGACUGACUGUUUAACACAUGGAGAUGCAAAUGUCAUGCUAAAUGCAGUCAGGGUGAGACAGUACACUGCCAGGUAUUAUGAAUGGCAUGGCACACUGAUAAAUGUCAGAACACCAGAACAGAAUGAUCCAAUGCACAAAUGUUUUUGCAGAGACCAGGUGUAACUCUUUGUAACUCUUUGUAAUUCUGAAUUAUAAAAAGAAUGUCCCCUAUAAUGGAAAAAAAACCUUGACCAUGUGACCAUGAUUCCUAAAAUGAGGUUAUCAUUGUAGAAAAGGUAGUGGUGGAGGAUUAGAGGAAUCUAUUAUAAUUAGAAUGUAAUUAUUCUGAACCUAAUGUAAACUGACAAUGGCAAUGCUCAGUCAUUGCUAUAUUUGAUCAUGUAAAGCAAGCCUACAGGGCUCCAGAUGGAAACAAAGUGAAUGUAGUGCUUCCAUUUUCCUGUCUGGAGACUGUAUGUGACCUUGAUGUGGUGCAGGCAUGCAGAAACCCACUGUGUAGCAUGGAAUACCAUUAAAAUAAUCAAUGGGCUGGGGAAUGCAAUUAAGGAGAGUGCUCCCUCUGAGCACUGAGCAGGGUUGUAGAACUGUGAGAAGGACUGAGCGAAAGGAUAUGUAUAUGUGUGUGUGAGUGUGUGAUUGUGAAGAGUAUAUGCAUACCAUAUAACCAGACUUAUAUUUUUGUGAGACUCUAAGUUUGUCAGCAUGAAAUAGAAAUUUCUUUAAAGAGAAGAAAGAAGAAAUUAAUUACAGGCUUUUUAUGUAUCUUUUUAUUGAUCUUUUUUUUUUGACAGAAAUGUGUACAUUGUCUUGCACAUCAAACACUGAAACAUUUGUAAGAUACUGGUCCCUUUGAAAGAUUUUGCCACCAUGUAUAUCUUGCCUUAUUUUAAGCUACUGGUCAUUAAAAAAAACUGAACCAGUGUGCCACAAGCAUGAUAUAGGUCAUGUACAGCUUCUAUAGAAACACAGUCCUUAAAAAAUAGUCACAUAAAACAAUGUAACACAUAAUUAGAAUAGGUGUUAUUAAUUCAUAUUCAAAUAAUGAAGCUUGUCUUUUCUGUUGUGUUUAAGACCUCCUUUGCCUAACCACUUAUAAAUAAAAGCUUACUGAAUAAUA